CUCCUCCCUCAAAUCCCAGCUCCUCCAUUCUUCAAAAGAGUCUCCAAAGUUAUUCCUCUACGAUGCCAAACUUCAUCUAAAACAGCGCUUUGGUCUUCUUAGCAGGACGAUCUUAAAGGAUGGAGAAAGCCUAGCAGUGGUGUUGUGCAGUAUUGGAGUGAUGUCUCCCAAAGUGCCUGCAGAAAAGGGGCGAGGGGAAUACUCUGCAGUGCAGGUGGCUGUCCGAGUACGCCCACUGCUGCCCAAAGAACUUCUCCACUGCCACGAGAGCUGCAUCACAGCUGAUCCUCAGUACUGCCGCGUGACUCUGGGACAUGACCGUCAUUUCCAGUGUGACUUUCUGUUUGAAGAAGGUUGCUGUCAGGAAGAUGUUUAUUCAGAGGCUGUUCAACCACUUAUCGAUUCAUUCUUUCAAGGAUUUAAUGCUACUGUCUUUGCCUACGGACAGACCGGUUCAGGCAAGACAUACACUAUUGGAGAAGCUAAUAUUUUGGCCUUUAGAGAUGAGGAGCAGGGCAUCAUACCCCGGGCAGUGGCAGAUGUUUUUAAGCUUCUUGAUGAAAAUGACCUCACAGACUUCUCAGUCCGUGUCUCUUAUCUGGAGGUAUAUAAAGAGGAGUUCAAGGACUUACUGGAGAUGGAAACUGCCAGCAAAGAUAUCCACAUACGAGAAGAUAAAGGCAACAUUGUUUUGUGUGGGGUGAAAGAGUCUGAAGUAGAGGGCCUUGAUGAGGUACUGAGCUUAUUGGAAUCAGGAAACACAGCCAGACACACUGGAGCAACGCAGAUGAAUCCAAACUCCAGCCGUUCACACACCAUCUUCACUAUUUACAUGGACCAAAGGAGGGGGGGCUCGCGUCUGUAUGGCUCUGGUGCAUGUACUGGACCACAGAUGGUAUCUUCCAAGUUCCAUUUUGUUGAUCUGGCUGGGUCAGAACGCAUCUUAAGAACGGGAAAUACUGGAGAGAGGCUGAAGGAGAGUAUUCAGAUCAACAGUGGUCUACUAGCCUUGGGUAAUGUCAUUGGAGCACUGGGGGACCCCAAAAGGAGAGGCUCUCAUAUACCUUACAGAGAUUCAAAAAUUACAAGGAUUUUGAAAGAUUCCUUGGGAGGGAACUCAAAAACACUGAUGAUUGCUUGCAUCAGCCCAUCCAACUCAGAUUUUGAUGAGAGUCUUAACACACUCAACUACGCCACGCGGGCCCGAAACAUUCAGAACCGAGCUACAGUCAAUUGCAAGCGUGAGCCGGAUCGAGUCGAGGGGUUGGAGCAGCAGAUCAAGGCUCUUCGCAGAGCUCUGGAGAAUCGCCAGCGCUCAGAAACGCGCAUUAUUGCACAUGCAGAGCCGAACCGGAGACCUCGACUGGGCGAAGGAGAGAUCAGCCGGUUACAAGUCCAGAGUGCUCACUACAGGACCUGUACAGACUCUGCCUACAGGUUGCUUAGAGAGCUACAGAGUGAAGGGGCACUCACUGCAGAACAGAGCCUGAGAGUAAAAGAGUGGUUGUGCUCAGUAGAGGAGGAGCGUAGUGGCCUGACCACUGCCUCUGGACCUGACAGUGGCAUUGAGAACAGCUCGUCUGAUGAAUGUGCCCAGAGGAGGGCAAGGAAACCGGAUGGGGAGUUGUGUGGAGAAAAAUGGAGCCAUGAGAAUGAACUUGAAAAAGAAGAUAAAAUUUCCCAACUUCAAGCCCAAAUUCAGCGGCUUGAGGGAGAAAACACUGAUUUCUUGGCCGCUCUUGAGGAUGCAAUGGAGCAAUACAAACAGCAGAGUGAUAAACUACAGGAACAACAGGAUAUUAUCACAGAGUUGCAGUUGAUGCUGUCCUCUUCGGCCUUAAUGGGGUUUAGCCUUAACUUGAAGACUCGACCCCACACUGCUCCUUUGUCUUCGCUAAAGCAUUCACACAAUGGAGCGUUAAACAGUCAGAUUUGCCCAGUUGACUGUGAUGAUUAUCAAGAGGAAAAUAUUCAUGAGAAUGAUGAUGACAUAGAAAACUUUGGUGAAGAUGGGAAUUUCCCCAGGGUCACCUACGACCAACACGGACACCAAACAUGGACCAGAAAAGACAUACAGUCUGGACCAGUGUCUGGAGGGAAAGGGCUGCUGUCAGAAACCAACCAGCAUCCCUGCUUAACAAGAAAAGCAUCAAACUCAAGUUCAGGGGAGACCUCUGCACGUGAAAGUCUCAAAAGUUUUGAAGGCGUUUCAGAGUGGAGUCUUGUUCAGGCUCAACAGAAAAUUAGGGAACUGUCGGUAACCAUUCGUAUGAAAGAAGAGCUUAUCAAAGAGCUGGUCAAAACUGGCAAGGAUGCACAAGCAUUAAAUCGACAAUAUUGCCACAAGAUUACAUCUCUGGAGAACGAGGCCAUCCAAGCCCGUCACGAGCUACAGGAGGCCCAGAGGCAGCUGCAGGAUUUGGAGAGACAAGAGCGUGAGAUCAGCACCACAGACAGAAACAGAGCCCAGGAGUGCCGCAGGAAGAUUGCUGCUGCUCAAAGCAAAGUCCAGGUCCUUAGUCAGCGUCAGCGAGACACUGUUCGUCUGGCAAACUUGUCAGCUCAGAGUGAACGGCGGGUUUUAGAGCUGGAACGAAGCGUGCAGAAUAUGAGACAGCAGCAGGAGCAGCUGCAAAAGCGCCUGCGCCAUGAAAGUCAACAGAAACGACGUCUAGAGACAGAGAUGAAGCGUAGAACGCACAGAGUCAAGGAAUUGGAAAUAAAAAAUGAGCAACAACAAAAGAUUUUGAGGAUUAAAACUGAAGAAAUAGCUGCUUUUCAACGACAGAGACGCAGCGGCAGUAAUGGCUCUGUGGUGUCUUUGGAGGAGCAGCAGAAGAUUGAGGAGCAGAAACGCUGGCUAGAUGAAGAAAUGGAGCGGAUUCUUGAACAAAGGAGAGGCUUGGAAGGCCUGGAGGGAGAGCUCACAAAAAGGGAAGACAUCCUCGCCAAAAAGGAAGCUCUGCUGCAGGAGCGCAGUGGCCUGGAGACCAAGAGACUUCGCUCCAGUCAGGCCCUGAGCAAGGAUCUUGUGACCCUCACAGGAAGAAUUGAAACACUUGAAAGAGAGUUAAGUGAGAGGAAUGGCCUUCUACGGAGCAGCAGUGCACAGGACUCACAACAGAUUCGCCAAGAGAUCUCUAACCUGCGAGGUGAAAAAGACUCACUACUGAAGCAGAGAGUCGAACUGGAUGACAAGUUAAGGCAGGGUAACCUGCUUUCUCCUGAGGAGGAGAGAACUCUUUUCCAGUUGGAUGAGGCAAUUGAGGCAUUAGAUGCAGCCAUUGAGUACAAGAAUGAAGCCAUUACUCAAAGACAGAGGCAGCUGAGGGCCUCAGCGAGCAUGCUCUCACAGUGGGAGAUGAACCUCAUGGCCAAGCUCAGCUACCUGUCUGCGUCUGAGACGAGAGCUCUGCUGUGCAAGUACUUUGACAAGGUGGUGUCACUACGUGAAGAGGAGCGGAGGCUACAACUUUCCUUUGCUGAGCUUGAAAUGCAGCUGGACGAGCAGCAGCGGCUCGUGCAGUGGUUGGAGAAUGCACUUGAUCGAACUCAGCUGGACACAGAUCGCCGCCUCACACAGCAACAAAAAGAGCAUGAACGCAGCGUACAGCUCCUCCUGCAGCAGUGCAGAGAACAAAUGGAUGAAGGUCUGGCUGGUCGUCAGCGGCACUACGAGGGCUGGAUCCACAACCUCAACAAGGAAUUGAACCACUACAAAGCAGCAAAUCUGGAAUUAAACAACAAAUUAAGGGAAUUCUGUUCAACUAGCCAGACUAGUACCAAAGAGUUUGGAUUGGAGUGCAAUCCACCAGGUACAGGAAGCAUGGACAGAGUGGCGGGAUGUGCGGAUGAUAGUUCAAUAGGAAGAAGUUCAAGACAGUCGGAAAAAACGCCUAAAUCACGAGAUGAAAAGCGAGAGUUGGUAAAUACGCCCCUGCCAUCCACAUGGAGGCGCUCAUCACUCCCUACAGAGGAACCAGCAGCACUGGAGGAGCUGUGGCUCAGUGCAGCAGGUGAUGCUCCUGUGAACCGUGUGGUCCAGACGGGGCCAUGGGGAGGGUCGACAUCUUUACCUGUGGUUAAGUCCCGUCGAGAGUCAAGACGCUCCAGUCUCAAUGUUGGACCAGUUACAUCAAACAACUGUCUCAUUGAUGUUCGGAGAAACCCCCUCUAAACUUUUCCCCUAACUAUGUAUUAUUAUGUUUUUGUUUUUUAUGUUUUUCAUCUAUUUUUUCACUGUACAAAAUGCGUUUGAAAUUUGUCUUAUGUAAAUAUCUGUUUUGCAAAAAUGCAUGUUUUAAAACUAAGCACUUUUUUAUUAUCAUUUUAAUAUGAAUAUGUUUUUGUAUCCGCUUUGAACAUACAGUGUAAAUAAAAGAUACUC